UAAACUUGAAUGAAAAACACCGGCGUCAAGCAAGACGACGUUUGGCGUAGGCCUUUGCACGUGCUGAAGUGUCUCGUCGUGUUCCAGUUCAGCAAGGACCUUUGUCCAUGAGUUCAUUUUCUUCUAAAGCCAUGUCAGACUCCAGUGUCCUCUGUGGACCUCGGCGCAUCGUGCCAACCGGACCAACACCACCAACUUUGGACAAACAUUUUGAUUUUUUGGAGUGGAGUCCGGAUGGUAAUCUUUUACUGAUUGGAACCUCUGAUCUCAACUCCCGUGCGUGGGGCGGCUCCAUUUGGCUUUUUGAUACUGAAGAAACUCGUAACGCUGAGUCAGAAAAAGGAUGGUAUCCACAUGCCGGAAAAUGUGUUGUAGGAGCUUCAUUGGAUUGUGGUGUUUCAGUGGGUCGUUUCCUACGGUGUUCAGAUAGGUUUGUUGUUGGCUGCGACUCGGGAGCAAUUCAAAUCAACAGUGUCAAAAAAUAUGCAGAGCUUCCAACAAGUAAUGGUUCAAUAGUGGGUGAGGCUAGUCUUACAGAACAUAACGAUAUGGUAUUGGAUGUGGAUGACUUAGGAGGAGAUGGACUUCACUUUGUUUCCUGCAGCCAAGACAAAAGUAUUAAAGUAUGGGAUCUUGAAGCACUAUUAGCAACACAUACAUUCAAUCCAGCUCAUGCUCAAAGUGUUACCUCCAUUCGGGCUCGCCCCACACAGAGCAGCUGUUUUGCAUCAUGCUCUAGAGAUGGUUCGGCUCUUUUGUGGGAUACAAGAGAUGAGCUUCCAGCCUCCAGUGUUUUGAAAUCCAAUGGAAUUGGACUUACUUCACUUGCCUGGGCCAAUGAUAAUUCUCUUCUUGUUGGAGGAGUCAAUGGGCAGGUGUCUUUAAUUGAUAUUCGAAAUACAAGUGAAAUAAAAAAACUACAGCUUGAGAAUAGACCAACUUUUUCCAUGCGGGCAAUACCAAGUUGCACCGGGUUGAUUGCUGUAUGCCAAGAUCAUUCUAAAGUUUCAGUAGUUGACUGUGAAAAGGAGACACCUGAAAUAAUAUAUACUGAUGACAGUCAUGAAGAUUUUGCUCGUGCAUUAUCAUGGCACCCAAACAAGCUGUCCCUUUGGUCCUGUGGAUGGGAUUCAAAAGUAACCUGUCAUCAGAUAAAGCGGGAAAGCAAUGGUGUAUCUUAAAAUUGUGAUCAUCAAUAUACUCUUAAUGAUAUGUACCUGUUUUUAUCUAUUCCAUUUUGCUGUACUGACUAUUUUUGCUUAAACCAAUUUUUAUCCACAUUACCUGUUAAUUUUUUUUCAUAAUAACUUAAUUACUUACUAUGACAGCAAAUGAAUUACCUACCUUUGUAUCUAUUUAAGUUCAGCAGUGCUUACACUGAAAAACAUUUGUUUUCUCUUUUGUGCAAAUUUGUAAUAAAAACAGUUUUUACUCUGA